AAAAAAUAAAAAAUGAAUUUUUGUCUGUCACCUUUACCCAAAAAUAAUUUUAUUUUAUUAAAUUAUUUUAUUUUAUUUAUUCAAUUAUUUAAUUAUAAUAAAGCUUCGGAUGUCUUUACGGCAAUGGUUGAUAUAGAAAAUUUAUUGUUAAGUGAAGUUUCUGGGACAUCACAAGUUAUCGAGCAAUAUAUUAAAUCAGAACAAGAAAGAUUAAAUAAAUUGAGAGAAUUUGCUGAAGAGUAUGCCAAUGCUCUUUAUGAUCCUAGUGGAAGGUCAAAAUUUAGAGGAGGACAAUUAGUACCUGGACAACUUGAUGAGGAAGCUGUAAUGAAUCCUGUUAAUGCUUUUUUGUUAAUUAAACGUAUGACGAGUGAUUGGAAAGAAAUUGAAAAACUUAUGCAUUACAAUAUGGCUGAUCAAUUUAUUAAGAAUAUAACUGAUGGACGUGUGCUUAACUCUGUAAAAUAUCCAGACGAUGAGGACUUGGAUGGUGCUGCAAUAGGAUUAUUAAGACUUCAAGAAACAUAUAAAUUACCGACAAAACAGCUUGCCGAUGGGUUUGUUGGAAAUGAAAAUGUUGGCAAAGCUUUAACAGCACAUGACUGUUUUGAAAUUGGGAGAUCUGCUUAUAAUCAAAAGGAUUAUUUCUUUACUUUGGAAUGGAUGAAUGAGGCUUUAGAAAGAAAUCCAUCACCUCAACUUGAAAUGGAAAUUCUUGAAUUUUUAGCGUAUGCUCUCUAUCAACAAGGAAAUAAUAAACGAGCACUUUUGACAACUAAAAGAUUGGCUGAAAUGGCUCCGGAUCAUCCUAGAGCUUCAUCUAAUAUUGAAUGGUACGAAAAGAGAAUGUCAGCUGAAGAAUUGACCAAUUUGGAGAAUUUACCCCCAUUAAUAAAUGAACAUAAACAUUUUAAUGAUAUCCCUGAACGUGACAGUUACGAGAAUUUAUGUAGAGGAAAAUUUGCUGAUUUGCCUCCUCAAAAUGCCUCAAAACUUUAUUGUUAUAAUAAAAUGGAUAAGCCUUUUCUGAAACUUGCACCAAUAAAAGUAGAAAUUGUUCGCUAUGCACCUUUAGCAGUUCUCUUCCGUAAUGUUAUUUCUGACAGUGAAAUUGAGACUGUUAAAUAUCUGGCUACACCUAGACUAAGACGUGCAACGGUACAAAAUGCUAAGACUGGUGCUCUUGAAUUCGCUUCUUACAGAAUAAGCAAAUCAGCAUGGCUAAAAGGAGAAGAACAUCCUAUAAUAGAAAGAAUAAAUAAAAGAAUUCAUGAUAUGACGAAUUUGGAAUUGGAAACGGCAGAAGAAUUACAAGUAGCAAAUUAUGGAAUUGGUGGACAUUAUGAUCCCCAUUUUGACUUUUCAAGAAAUGGAGAAAAAAGUCCCUAUGGCGAUAGAGGCAAUCGAGUUGCAACUGUAUUAUUUUAUAUGUCGCAACCAUCACAAGGUGGAUAUACUGUUUAUACAGAUUUAGGAAUGGGUGUAGCACCUUCAAUUCACGAUGCUCUUUUUUGGUAUAAUUUACGUCGUAGUGGUGAUGGUGAUUUGCGCACAAGACACGCAGCUUGCCCAGUAUUAACAGGCGUUAAAUGGGUUUCAAAUAAAUGGAUUCAUGAACGUGGACAAGAAUGGGUACGCCCCUGUCCAUUAAAGGAAGAUACUGAAGAAAGCUAUGUUGGGGAUAUUCGACCUUUCUAA